AUGUUUGGUUUAACGACAAAAAGAAUAUUGACCCUUUUCGCUCGAAAGCGUAAUACAGUAAUUGAAGAAAAACUUACAGAAUUCAUGAUUCUUGGUGAAAGAACUAAUAAUAAACAAUUUCGAUACCAAUUGCAAGUCGAAAUGGAUCCUCCUACCCAAGAUCAAAUGAGUUUCUUGCUAAAUAGUAUACAGAAGGAACAAAGCCAUUUACUAAUUUCGGGAGCUACUUCUGUUCAGGAUGCAUUAAAUAAAUAUCAAAGUGAUUUCCGAACUUUUCGACGUCCUUGUCUUGUCGACUGGGACAAUGGAAAAGUAAGUCCUUAUUCCUUACUUCUACAAACUCGGGAUCUGAAAGAAUUACUGUGA